UACUACAACUAUCUCGGGCUUCGACUGUCCACCAUUCAUCCUGCCACUCUUCCUGCUUCCACCAUCUCCUCAGCCACCAUCAUGGCCGGUGAAGGCUCCUCGAUGCCCUCGCAUGACGAGGAGACUGUUGUCGCCAGCACGUUCCGCCGGAGGAACCCUUCGUCGGAUCGCCAAGCCAAGUGGCUCCACGAGUGGAACCGCAUCUUCCUCCUGAUAUGCGCAGCCGGGCUCGUCGUGGAUCCUCUCUUCUUCUACGCCCUGUCCAUCAGCAGCACGUGCAUGUGUCUCUUCGUCGACGGUUGGUUCGCGGUCACCGUCACCGCUCUCCGGUGCAUGACCGACGCGGUGCACCUACUGAACAUGUGCCUGCAGCUGGCGAUGACCUACGACGCAACGCCGAGAUCGAGCGUGGAAGAAAAGGAUGCGUCGGCGGGCAGACCCAUGGCUCACAGCCAAAGCUACCUGAGAGCGAAGACGGGCUUUCUCCUCGAUCUGUUCAUCAUCCUCCCGGUGCCUCAGGUUGUUCUGUGGGUCGUAGCUCCCGCAAUGCUGUGCCAAGGAAUGACGUCGACGGUGAUGACUGUGUUCUUGAUCUCGUUUCUCUCGCAGUACCUCCCGAAGGUCUAUCACUCGGUCUGCUUCCUUCGAAGGUUGCAGAAUUCUUUAGGCUACAUCUUCGGCAACAUUUGGGGAGGAAUCGCUCUCAACUUGAUUGCUUACUUCGUUGCAUCGCAUGCAGCAGGCGCUUGCUGGUACUUGCUGGGCAUUCAGAGGGCAACAGAGUGCCUCAAACAGCAGUGCGUCGCAACAGAUGGAUGCAGAAAUAGGACGGUGGCAUGUGUAGAUCCCAUGUACUAUGGCACCACCAGAGCAGCCAUGGAUGGGGAGAGAUUGGCUUGGGCUAAAAAUCUGCACGUACGAUCGAUGUGCCUCGAUAGCAGUGACAAUUUCGAGUACGGAUCUUAUAAGUGGAUAGUCAAUCUGGUCACGAAUCCUAAUCGCUUGGAGAAGGUCUUGUUUCCGAUCUUCUGGGGACUCAUGACUCUUAGCACGUUCGGGACGAUCGAGAGCACAACCGAGUGGGUGGAGAUCACCUUCAACAUCAUCAUCGUUACUAGUGCACUGCUUUUGGUUACGACAUUGAUCGGGAACAUCAAGGUCUUCUUGCACGCAACAACGUCGAAGAAGCAGGCGCUGCACUCCAAGAUGCGGAGCUUGGAUCGGUGGAUGCGACGCAGGAGCUUACCGUUUGAGAUCAGGCGAAGGGUGCGGCAGUACGAGCGGCAGAGAUGGGCUGCGACGAGAGGGGUCGACGAGUCUGAGAUGGCACGGCGCCUGCCCGAGGGGAUGAGGAGGGACAUCAAGUACCACCUCUGCCUCGAUCUUGUUCGACAGGUGCCUCUGUUCCAACACAUGGAUGAGCUGGUGCUGGAGAACAUAUGCGACAGAGUCAAGUCUCUUCUCAUCCCCAAGGGAGAAACCGUCAUAAGAGAAGGCGAUCCAGUCCCAAGGAUGCUGUUCGUGGUGAGGGGCCAUCUCCAGAGCAGCCAAGUUCUGCGCGACGGCGUGAAGAGCUACUGCAUGCUGGGACCGGGGAACUUCAGCGGCGACGAGCUCCUGUCGUGGUGCCUGAUCCGCAAGUUCGUGGAGCGGUUGCCGCCGUCGUCGUCGACGCUCGUGGCAGCGGAAUCGACCGAGGCGUUCGGGCUGGACGCGGACGACCUCAAGUACGUGACGGAGCACUUCCGCUACACUUUCGUCAGCGAGAGGGUGAAGAGGAGCGCUCGGUACUACUCGCCGGGGUGGCGGACAUGGGCGGCGGUGGCGAUCCAGCUGGCGUGGUGGAGGUACAAGCAUCGGCUGACGCUGACGUCCUUGUCGUUCAUACGACCGCGUCGGCCGCCUUCUCGGUGCUCGUCGAUGGAAGAAGACAAGCUGAGGCUGUACACGGCGCUGCUAACAUCACCCAAGCCUAACCGAGAUGAUUUCACAGUGUGAAAGGGUGAUGAUCCAAACAAGCACUUCAUGAUUACGAAGAAGACGCCAUUACCUGUGUCUUUUUACAGUACGAAAUGGUUUAUAUGGGCUCUAA